GCAUUGACUCAGUGAGCGACGCAGAAAAGCGCGGGAAAAGAGUUAAAAGAGAAAGAAGCUGGAAAAGGACCGUCUUUUUAAGUCCAAAUUGAAAGAACAAAAAUGAGGGAUUUUAGGGUUUCAGUGUGUGUGCCUUAAAAAAAUGGAGAAAAAGGGAACAACCCAGGGGAGCAUAAAUUUCAAAGGACAAGUGGCGGAUCUAAGUGGUGAGGUCCACCUGCUCCCCUGUGCCGUCAAGUACGAUGGGCCUUCCUCUGUUUCCGACUACUUCAAACCCAAAUCAACCCGUUUGGAAGUUGAGGGUUUAAGCGUGAAGGAAGCACAUUUCAGAGGAAGGAAGCUUCAAGGAGCUACAAUUUCUAUCCCAGAUGGGUAUUCUGGAUUUGUUGUGGGAAAGAAAAACCUUGGAAAACAAAAAGAUGCCAACAGUUCUGAAGAGAACUUGAACUGUUGGGAAAUGAAUGCAAAAUUUAAGAAUAUAACAUAUUGGAACCAUGACAACCUCCCUUCUCAGGAUGAUGCUUUCUUGUGUUCUUUUCAUUGGCUUUCGGUGGCAAAAUCUUUGCAUAAGCCUGUGGCAGCUGAAGAUUUGGGUUCUGCUUCUAUUGCUUUGGGGAAGAUGGAGGAAGGAACCAAAAAAGAGAAGAAAUGAGAAAGCGAAAGUUUCGCCUGUGGGAAGUGACUCAACAGCAAGCAAUUGGCUGCUUUUACUUUCAAAAAGUUAUCACUGUUGUCAAAUUUUGAAUAUAAAAGUUUUGUUAGUAAUUAAAUUUGUAUCAAUAAAAGUAAGACAAAUAAACUUCAAACACUAUUUUUCAAAGAAUUUAUUAAAUUAUUCUGUAAAAUUUGUUGAAUAUAUAUUUUAAAUGUAUGAAAUUCAUAUCAUGAGGACUCAGUUGUACAGAUAGACUGGCGCUGAUAGUGUUGAGGUGAGAGUAUAGAUAUUGGUUCCAAUUUCUCUUC